AUGUCGAAAAGGGUCACCAUCUUCGAGCCCCCUCCAAUCGAUAACAGCAAGGCUGCCAUCGAGAAUGUCCUCGAUCUAACUCCGAUCAGCGACAUUGGACCUGACGUCUUCACGAAUACUCGACCGCUAUGGCAUCCACCCGGUGCGCGCGGUAUCUACGGCGGCGCGGUGAUCGCGCAAUGUCUAUCUGCCGCCCAACGAACCGUCCCUGAUAAUUUCUUCGUUCACAGUAUGCACUGCUACUUUGUUCUUGCCGGCGACUCUGAGAUCCCACUCGUAUAUCAUGUUGAGCGUGUCCGCACUGGCCGAAGCUUCGCCACGAGAACCGUACAAGCGCGACAGCGCGGUCGACCUAUUUUCACAACAACGCUAAGUUUCAAUGCUGUCAAUAGUGGAGGGAAAAAGCGACUGGAACAUGACUCGAAGAUGCCCGAUGUGCCGCCUCCGAAGGAUGUUAAAACUCCAGUUGAUGCGAAGAGUCCGUUUGAAUCUCAGAGGCUAGAUGACACCGACGAUAUGAAGAUAGAAGAUAGAAAAUUUCGCCAAUGGAUACGUAUCCGUGGCAAAAUCUCCGAAGAAGGCGGCCACCAAGCCCAUCUCUCAGCAUUCGCAUACAUGUCGGAUAGUUAUUUCAUUGGAACUGUUGCACGGUUACACAAGAUUCCCAGAUUCUCUUCGCCGACAGCUCUCCAACGCGCUCUUCAGGCACUCAAGAACCCAUCCGACCUUGACAGCGAGGCUAUAUCCCGCUAUUUCGAAGAACUAGCCGAAGAAGAAGCAGCAGAAAUCCGAGCGGGAUCACUAAAUGGGACGUUGACCGUAAAUAAAUUGUCGUCUAUUAUCAAGAGAAAAGAUAGUAGGGAGAUUGGAAUGAUGGUUAGCCUCGAUCAUACGAUUUAUUUCCAUAAUCCGCAGGCGCUCAAGGCGGAUGACUGGCUGCUGGCUAGUAUGGAUAGUCCAUGGGCAGGUGAUGGGAGAGGUCUUGUUACGCAAAAAGUCUGGAAUAGGGAUGGUGUACAUGUGGCGACUUGUGUGCAAGAGGGUGUUGUCCGACUAAGGCAAGAUGAAGAACGAGCGCCAGAAGCGAAAUUGUGA